UUGUUGAAGAAAAUAAUCAAGCCUUUUACCAAAAUCCUUCUUCUUCUUAGCCAUUUAACAUGGCAUCAGAGCCAGCAACGAUUCUUGGAGCUCAGAAUCAAUCUCAUCAUCGCUCUUAAACCUCUCCCAACCUCUUGGCCAAGAACCUGUAAAAGGCAGAAAUGUCAGAAACUGAAAAGGUGAUCACCGGCGACCCGAACUCAUCCGAAGCGGAUGAGUUUGCACGUCUCUUUUCAAAUUUCAUGCGAAAAAGCCUCAUGCAAAACCAACCACCAGAAAAUCCCGACAAACCAGAAAAACCAAUAUACAAGACCGAUUCUCAACCCUUGACAGUAGGGUUUAAACUCAACGGAGAGAACUAUCCGGUAUGGUCCAUCCUGAUGCACAAUGCGAUUAGCGGAAGGGGGAUGGUAUCUCACAUCACUGGAGUCCCAUCCCCACCAGCAAGAACAGAUCCAACGUUUACACAAUGGCAGGAAGCCGACCAUUGUGUAUUUACGUGGCUAGUUCAAAAUAUCGAGACCAAAUUGGUCAGCCGAGUGGCUCAACAACCGACGGCGAAGCACAUAUGGGACAGCCUGGCCGUAACAUACAAAAGCGGUGGAGAUUCGUUACAGAUAUACGAUCUACACCGUAGGGCAAGCACUCUAAAACAGGGGAACACCACACUGGAGGAAGUGUGGAACGAUCUCAAUGAGAUCUGGACAGCAAUUGACCAAAAGAGGCCCAACCGGAUGAAAUGCCCAGAUGAUAUACAGAUCCACAAUGAAGAAACUGAACAAAACAGACUGUAUCAGUUUCUUACGGCAUUGGAUGACAAGUAUGAAAUCGUAAAGAGAGAGGUGUUAAAAAUGGAACCACUUCCCUCAGCCGAGCAAGCGUACAACAUAGCGAAGCGGGAAGAUGCCCGAUCGGAAAUUCUCCGUCCUACAGACGGAAAACCCCCAGGAGACGGAAUCGGAGCAGGGCUAUUCACGGCGAGGAGGCCAAAUCACUCCACCGCCCCACGCCGUGGUGGCAGUAGCGGAAAUGGGGGAUGA